AUGAAGCUCUACUCAGGUCUCACUUUUGCCUUGUUCAUCCCCCAAAUACUCGCCGCAGCCUCAACCACCAUAAUUCACCCUACCCCCGUCCCUGAGGUCUCGGAUAUAACCUGGACAGACAGCAACGGUUUCGACGCCGCCAAAGUCCAGCCCGUCAAUGCAUCAACCUACGACUGGUGGUACUUUGACGCCGUCCAGGUCUCCGACGAUCCAGCCCAGCAGGCCUCCGUCGUCAUCACCUUAUACACUGCAGUCUCCACCGGCUUCGACUUCCUACAAGCCUAUGCUGACCAGGGUUUUACGAGCUUGACUCUGGCCGAGGUUAUCAUUCACUGGCCUAAUGGCACCGCGGAGUCGUACUUUUUCAACUCCACCGAGGCGCGCAUCACUACCAACACGGCUGACAACGGUGUCCAUGGCGUGUGGAUUGACAACCCCGAUAAGAUCUCGGUUACGGGGUCCCCGGCUAUGACAACCUGGCAGGUAGAGAUAGACUCGGCGGCGUGGAUAUCGGGGACCGUUACCCUGCAGUCGAUUGCACCUCCGCACUACCCCUGUGGCCCUCUUGCUAGUGGUGAGAAGAUGCAAGUAGCGCCGCACGUUGGCUGGGCGAAUGCAGUGCCAGAUGCCCAAGCCAAUGUGCAGCUAACUGUCAACGGCCGUCCACUUAACUUCACCGGAAUCGGAUACCAUGACAAGAACUGGGGCGACAAGAACUUCGCCUCAAGCGUCGGAUCCUGGUACUGGGGGCACGGCCGCCUGGGCCCCUACAGCAUCGUCUGGUUCGACUUCCUCUCCCCCGAACGAGAGAACUUCGUCUCGGCAUAUGUCGCCCGCGACAACAAGAUCCUGGUCUCGCAGUGCUCAGGGAUCACGGUGCGUCCGUAUGGCGAGAACGCGACAUACCCGCCCCUGGCAAGCACGGGAAACCCAUCCGGGUUCAAUAUCAACAUCGACCUUCCUGAUGGGAGUCAACUUGAUUUUAAAGCGUCUGCGGAGCGUAUGGUCGCGGGUGAUGCGCCGGGGUCAAGGUAUGCCAGGUUUACAGGCACGCUGGAGGGCAAGGUUGAUGGGGAGGCGCUUACGGGCGAGGCGCUGUUCGAGCACUUUCACAUUUUUGAGAAGUGA